AUGUUUUUGCCACUCUUCUUGGUAACUAUUCUCAUAAGUGGAGGCCAAGGAACUCCAGUCCGUUCUCGUCCAGAAUAUCAGACGGACGAUUAUUAUACUUAUGAAGAGAUACAAAACUACCUAAAAGGACUAGCCGAAAGCUAUACUAACCAAGUGGAAUUGACAAACGUUGGAAAAUCCUACGAGAACCGAAACCUGACCACCAUUACAAUAUCCAACGGAGAUGGGCGGAAAGACAAAAACGUUAUCUUUAUAGAUGCCGGAUUUCAUGCCAGAGAAUGGCUAACUCAUACGGCAGCCCUAAAUAUCAUUGAUAGGUUGGUUGUGAGCUUCGAAGAGAACAAGCACUUCCUGCAGGACUAUGACUGGGUUAUUUUACCUUUGGUGAACCCUGAUGGCUACACAUAUUCGCGAUCAGGAAAUACGUUUACUAAUGAGAUUAUUGAUUGCUCAAUCCCGUAUACUAAAGAUCACCAAGUUAAAUGUUGGCGAAGGAAUCGCGAACCCAACAAACACGGAUGCACCGGCACCGAUCUCAACCGGAACUUCGGACAUGGAUGGGGUAAAGGAGACUCCUCGAGUGAUCCAUGCAAACCGACAUAUAAGGGUCUUUCCCAAUUCUCGGCAUCGGAAUCUCAAGCAGUGAGAGGAGUUCUUCUCGACCUGGCAGACACCGGACGUGGCGUAUUGUACCUUUCGAUUCAUUCCGCUCUUGGCGAAAUUUUGUAUCCAUGGGGGUCGGAAGAAAUCAAGGCUGCAAACUACAAAGAGCAUGAGGAAGUGGUCCAAGCAGGCAUAGAUGCCAUGGCCAAUGGAAACUUUCAGUUCCCCUCAUCUUACAAACAACGUCCUUCAUAUAGCCUCUACGUUUCCGGUGGAAGCUCAAGUGACUAUGCUUAUGCAGUUGGAUUUCCCCUAUCACUUACUUGGGAGCUUCCAGAAGAAAGAGGCAAAUUGACUUUCGGGUUCCAUCCGCCAACGAAUCUUAUUGGGGAACUUGUUGAAGAAACUUGGAUUGGUGUACGCGCCAUUGCAGAAAAAGUUAUGGACAAGUAUCAAAGCAAUUGGAAUUUUAAUAGGACAUAUGAUAUCAAAUAUUGAGCAAAAUAUAUAUUAUUGUAUCCUUUAGA